AUGAGCACAGCGUUACCCUACAUGUCCGUUCCCCGCCCCAACCCCUCCUCCCCACCUCUUCCACCCGCCUUUCCCCUCUUUCCUCCUCUCUACCACACGUUUCCUGCCUCGUCCUCCUUCCUUGUUCAUUCCACUAAGCCUCUUAACCCGCUGAACCCCCCCCCCAAGGAUCAAUCGACACAAGCUACCUGGCAGAGAGGCUCCAAUGACACCACGGACCCCGCGGAGGUGUAUGACGUGGACGGGUUCAGUUCUACCGACACCGCUGACCCUGCGGAGGCGUAUGACGUGGACGACUUCAGUGUGCCGCCCCAGUCUCAGUUUUGUGACUUGCGGCCCUUCUUGCUUCCCCGGCUGCUCCCCCCAGGUUCCAUCGACAUCACUGACCCCACAGAGGUGUAUGACAUGCCUUUUGAACCGACUCAAAUCGCAAGUCGCCUUGCUGAAUCGCCCCCCCUCCCUCAACCCCCAGGUUCCAUCGACACCACUGACCCCGCGGAGGUGUAUGACGUGGACGGAUUCAGUGUGCCGCCCAGCACGAUCGCGGCGCUGCAGGCGGGCGGCAAGAAGGUGGUGUGCUACUUCAGCUUCGGCACCUUCGAGAGCUACCGCCCUGAUUCUGACAGCUUCCCGAAGCGCGUCAAGAAGGGCCGAGUGUGCCUGGUGAGUGUGCCUGGUGAGUGUGCCAGGUGGGUGUGCCUGGACCGGUGGUGUCGCAAGUGGUGGCCGGGGGAGCGGUGGCUGAACGUGAAGGAUCCAGUGGUCAAGCAAAUCAUGGAGAAACGCGUGCAGCUAGCAGCGAGCAAGGGGUGUGACGGCAUAGAGCCGGACAACAUCGACGCCUACAGCAACCGCCUGAACGUGUGGCUGCCGCCCUUCUCCCGGAGUGUGCGCAUCAGCAAGAAGGACCAGAUCCGGUACAACGCGUGGAUCGCAGACACCGUGCACAGGCACGGCAUGAGCGUGGGUCUGAAAAACGCCCUCACCAUCGCAGGGGCGUUAGUCUCCAAGUUUGACUGGGCGCUGGUGGAGGAGUGCAAUGCGUUCAGUGACUGGAGCGGUGGGGAGUGGUACAAGGGCAAGUACGAGUGCGACUAUGCCAAUGUGUUUGUCAAGGCGAAUAAGGCGGUGUUUGUGGCGGAGUACACAUCAGCGUGGGGCACGACUGCAGGGCGGGAGAACGGCAUUCAGUUCCCUCAGCGCAUGUGUGCAGACAACAACGCACACGGAUUCUCUACACGUCUGCACGACCUUGACCUGGGCCCGACCAAGUUCCCCUGGGCGGACUGCCUGCAGCACCAGCCAGCGGGGUGCGCUGCUGCUGCCUGGCAACUUUGCGUGCAGCCUGCGGUGUACACCGGGUUUAAUCAGCGUGGGAAGGGUAUGAAUGGUGCGGAUCAAAUAGGACAAUGCCUCGCCUCGUUCUCUCUCCCUUGGUCUCUCUCCUCGUCGCACCCGGUUCCCCCUCUUCCCCGCAUGGUAGCGACUGCUGCAAUGAGCGCGAGAGCCGCCAUUACCGCACGCGCUGUCAAUGCCGCCGCGCCACGCGCAAUGUCCGCCUCGCCCGCGCUCAGCGGCAUGAGUUCGCGAUCCGCUGUGACCGCAUCCGCGUGCUGCCGGCCGCGCAGCUGCCUCCCUGCCGCCCCUGCGCGCCGAUCUCUGUCGCCCCGCGAUGCUGUCAUCGUAGCCGUCCAUCCGCACGAGAACGGACGGUCGAUGCCGCUGGGAACAGGCCGAAGCGGCAAGGCAGCGCAAUUCCCGGCGCGGAUCGCGGGGAUUACGGAGCCACAAAGCCUAAGCACAGCUGCUUCGAGUUACUCUCAAGCAGGAGCGUCGAGCGGUGGAGAACGGUGCAGGACGGUACGGGUGCGGGCAGAGAACACAGAGACGGGAGGGGGAAGUGGUGGGGGAACGGGCGGCGGGGAAGGCGGAAAUGGAGGGGGAGGGGGAGGGGGAGGGGGAGGGGGUGGCAAUGGAGACAAUAAAGACUCGGUUUGGGGAAUGUACCUGCAUCUGCUGGACCGCCACCCGCUCGCGGUGAAGGCGGGCACGUCCAUGCUGCUCAACCUGCUGGGGGACCUCUUCUGCCAGGUGGUGGUGGAGGGAGGGCACGGGGUGGAUGCGAGGAGGGCAGCCACCAUCUCCCUGCUGGGGCUGCUGCUAGUGGGCCCCACGCUGCACGUCUGGUACUCACUGCUGUUCCGCAUGGUCACCGUGCAGGGCACUCCCGGCACCCUUAUCCGCCUCGCUCUAGACCAGCUCCUCUUCUCGCCGCUCUUCAUCGCCACCUUCUUCUCCAGCCUCCUCACCCUCGAGGGCCGCCCUGCUGCCAUCCCUGACGUGCUCAAGCAGGAGUGGGCCAAGGCGGUGGUGGCCAACUGGAAGGUGUGGAUUCCCUUUCAGUUCCUCAACUUCCGCUUUGUGCCGCUGCACCUUCAGGUCGCAGCAUCCAAUGUAAUCGCACUGCUGUGGAAUGUAUACCUCUCCUUUGCAAGCCAUCGUGGUGUGAAGGAGAUGUAA